GACGUUCUGUCAAAUGGCAGGAGGCGUUGCUGGCAGGGUUCCGUGACGCUGAGAACGGCGAAUUUGGUGUGAAGGCGGUGAGUUUGCAGCGUUGUGGGCACUGAGAGACGUGCUCUUGAGGUGGGGCAGUUAACGCCUUUCCCGCCCUCUGGUCGAGAAGGAAGUGGCUGCCGGCUAUGGAGGAGCGGUGCUGAAAAAAAGGGAUCGAGAUGGCGGUAAGGCCUGGGCAAGCAGUUUCUGAAGGACAGUGAUGUUCGGAUGGUACCGGCGGAGUCGGUGUAGAUGUGCAGCGCCCUUUCUGAGGCGAUCCUAGUUAGUGGAAGGUGGUCAGUCGUCUUCCAUCUCUCUCAGUCGUUGGGCUCAAAGUCCUCAUGGCAUUUAGGAUAGCGAGACAUGAGCUGUGAGCGGAAGUCUCUGCUAGCGGUGGCGUUUACAAGUUUUGGAGAGAGCUGAUUGAUUCCGGAAUAAUUUCUGGGCCCGUUCUUACUUCCCCUGCCCACCGCCUGGGAAAUCUUACUUGGCGGGAUAGCAGUGACGGAAUCACUGCUGGCGACAGCUCAUCUUGGGCAGAGUGAGAAACUUAGUGGAGAUGCAGAAUAUGAUGGCAGAUGUGGGAUCAAAGAAGUGCCAUUAAAUCAAAUAUAAAAAUAAGUAUAUAUUAAAGUUAAAAGUGCCAUGAGGAAAUUUGCAUAUUGCAAGGUGGUCCUUGCCACUUCAUUGGUUUGGGUCCUUUUGGAUAUGUUUUUGUUACUUUACUUCAGUGAGUGCAACAAAUGUGAUGAAAAAAAAGAACGGGGACUUCCACCAGGAGAUGUUCCAGAAUUGGUACAAAAACCUCAUGAAGGCCCAGGAGAAAUGGGGAAGCCUGUUGUCAUUCCUAAAGAGGACCAAGAGAAAAUGAAGGAAAUGUUUAAAAUCAACCAGUUUAAUUUAAUGGCCAGUGAAAUUAUUGCACUCAACAGGUCUUUACCUGAUGUCAGAUUGGAAGGAUGUAAGACAAAAGUAUAUCCUGAUAACCUUCCUACAACAAGUGUUGUAAUUGUUUUUCAUAAUGAAGCUUGGAGUACUCUCUUGCGAACUGUUCAUAGUGUAAUAAACAGAUCACCAAGACACAUGCUGGAAGAAAUUAUUCUGGUAGAUGAUGCUAGUGAAAGAGACUUCUUGAAGAGACCAUUGGAGAACUAUGUGAAAAAAUUACGAAUACCAGUGUAUGUGAUUCGAAUGGAGCAGCGUUCUGGACUCAUCAGAGCCAGAUUGAAAGGAGCUGCUGCCUCUAAAGGCCAAGUCAUUACCUUUUUAGAUGCUCAUUGUGAAUGCACUGUAGGUUGGCUUGAGCCUCUGUUAGCACGGAUAAAAGCUAACAGGAAAACAGUAGUUUGUCCUAUCAUUGAUGUAAUCAGUGAUGACACAUUUGAAUAUAUGGCAGGCUCUGAUAUGACUUAUGGAGGAUUCAACUGGAAGUUAAAUUUCCGAUGGUAUCCUGUUCCUCAAAGAGAAAUGGAUCGAAGGAAAGGUGAUCGGACUCUUCCAGUUAGGACACCUACAAUGGCAGGAGGCCUCUUUUCCAUAGACAGAGAUUAUUUUCAAGAAAUUGGAACAUACGAUGCUGGAAUGGAUAUAUGGGGAGGAGAAAACCUAGAAAUUUCAUUCAGAAUUUGGCAAUGCGGAGGAACUUUAGAAAUUGUGACAUGUUCUCACGUGGGACAUGUUUUUCGAAAAGCCACUCCUUACACUUUUCCAGGAGGCACUGGACAGAUUAUUAAUAAAAAUAAUAGACGACUUGCGGAAGUUUGGAUGGAUGAGUUCAAAAAUUUUUUUUACAUAAUUUCUCCAGGAGUUACAAAGGUGGAUUAUGGAGACAUUUCUUCACGACUUGGACUAAGACACAAGCUACAGUGCAAGCCUUUUUCCUGGUAUUUAGAGAAUGUUUAUCCUGAUUCCCAAAUACCACGACAUUAUUUCUCUUUGGGAGAGAUAAGAAAUGUGGAAACAAAUCAGUGUCUGGAUAAUAUGGCAAGAAAAGAAAAUGAAAAAGUUGGAAUUUUUAACUGUCAUGGAAUGGGUGGUAAUCAGGUUUUCUCAUACACCGCUAACAAAGAGAUCCGAACAGAUGAUUUGUGCUUAGACGUCUCCAAACUUAAUGGCCCAGUCACAAUGCUCAAAUGCCAUCACUUAAAAGGCAAUCAGCUUUGGGAAUAUGAUCCAGUGAAAUUAAUCCUGUUGCAUGUGAACAGUAACCAGUGCCUGGAUAAAGCCACUGAAGAAGACAGCCAAGUACCCAGUAUCAAAGACUGUAAUGGUAGCCGUUCGCAGCAGUGGCUUCUUCGUAAUGUCACCCUUCCAGAAAUAUUCUGAAAGGUUUAUAAGACAAGGAUUGACUGGACUACCUCAGCAAGUGCAUUUGCUACAUUCUUAUGUACCAAGCAAAGGCUGCAAGAUCCUUGACCAGUGGAGCAGUCUCUUCUAAAGUUCUGAGAGCUGUGAGCCAGCCAUCCUGGUGUUUAAACAUAUGGAGCUAACUAAAGGAGUACUUGUGAUGCUUUAUGCACUAAUGUUUACAAGAAAUCAUUUUGUAGAAUACAGUACUUGGACAGUGGAAACAUAAUCAAGGAAAUAUGCUCUCCGGAGAACAGCACAACUUAGUUUGCUUGUACAUCAGCAACCUCCCAAGGUGCUGUCAAAAAUAUUCCUAAGAUGUUUGUGCAACAUUCAAUAUUUACCCAAGGGUCAUAUGAAAAUAUAAAUGGGGCAGAUUCAAAAUAAAAGAGAAAUAUCAUUGACACAAAAAUGUGUAAAACAGGGUUUAGAAGCAAGAAAUCAGAACUAUUAAAACUUACAACUCCAAACAUCAAAUGCAUAUGUAGUUAAUUUGAUUUCAGUGGAAAAAGAUGACCAAGCGGAAUAACAACUUUUUGUUCAAUUGCGUGGUGAUCCAUUAAUUUUUUUUUCUUGCAGUAAAGGCCUUGAACUUAUUUUAAACAAAACCAAAAUUGACCAUAAAUAAAAUUGGCUCUCCAAAUGUUGGAUUAACUUUAAAAAAUUUUGUCUUGUGACGUUUCAUAACUUGUUGCUACUUUUUUUCAGUGAUCUGAUUUUUUUUACUUUUUUGUGUGUGAUUUGCUACUUAAGUUAAAAGUGUGUCAGCUAGCUUUGAUCUGACAAGAAUUUAUUAGUGUAUUUUAAAUUUGUUAACUGAUUAUGCUUUAUGGCCAGAUCUCCUACUACUGUAUUACAAAUUUCUUUGCAGCAAUAAAUCUUUCAUUCCUUGAUUCCAGUCACCAGAGCCUGCAGAUAUAACUUAUUCAGGUAAUAAGUAGCUGGCAUCUGAAUGUUUCCUUAAAGCAUAUUUCCAUUCCAUUUUAGGAUAUCACUCAUAUUUUUGAAUUGUAAUGUUCUACUUUUUUCUAAUAAAAUCA